AUGGGAGCUAUCCCAUUCACCAAGAGAAUUCUAAAGGCCAAGCUACCAAAGGGUUUCGACAAGUCAACCUACAUAAAGUACGACAGGACGAAGGACUCCCAGGAAUACCUCACGAUCUUCGAGGCCAAGAUGAACCUGGAGGGAGCCGCCAAUGCAGUUCGAUGCAAGACUUUUCCAGUAACCCUAGCCGGCCUCACCAACAAGUGGUUCAACGCCCUCCCCAACGGCUCGAUAGCCAGUUUCGACGACGUCUCCAAGAAGUUCAUUGCACAGUUCACUACCAGGAUUGCCAAAGCAAAGCACCCGAUCAGCCUGCUCGGAAUCACAAAAAGAAAAGACGAACUUAUAAGGAAAUACCUCGACAGGUUCAAUGAUGAAUGGCUAACGGUCGACGGGCUCACGGACUCCGUGGCCAGCCUUUGCUUGACCAAUGGCCUCAUGAACGAAGACUUCCGUAAGCACCUCACUACCAAACUGGUCUGGACUAUGCAUGAAAUUCAAAACAUCGCAAGAGAAUACAUAAACGAUGAACAGAUAAGCCAAGUCGUGGCCGCCAAUAAACGGCAGCACGACACUACGGCUGCCAAAACAACCCACCACCCAAAGACACCUCGAAAGAGCAUUUCAAAUCCACUGCCCCCAGCCGGCCGCCUAGGGUGGAAAAGUUCACGAAUUAUACCCCCUAUCGGCCUCUAUCACGGAGAUAUAUCACCAGAUAGUAUAGCAAGACAUUCUCCCAAAGGCAUGACAGUUGAAGGAACGGACAGGCGGUAA